UCUGCCAUUCUCCCAACAACUCUGCUUCGUCUCUUUUUUUUUCCAACAGUGCGGGACAGCGGGUCCAUGUGGGCGCCGUAUCAAAGUCAAGUCAGCGCUGGAUGAUGGCGAGUUAGCGGCAAAUCCCACCUUCCAAGAAUUUCCAAGAAUAGAGAGCAGGCAGGGCAUCAAUGGCGCCGAUGAAGCUGUACGGUUGGGUGGUGUCCCCAUGGAUGGCGCGGGUGCUAGUGUGCCUGGAGGAGGCCGGCGCCGAGUACGAGGUCGUCCCCAUGAGCAGGUCCGGCGGCGACCACCGCCGCCCGGAGCACCUCGCUAGAAACCCGUUCGGUGAGAUCCCAGUUCUCGAAGAUGGUGAUCUGACGCUCUACCAAUCACGCGCCAUCGCGAGGUACAUCCUCCGCAAGUACAAGCCGGAGCUUCUCGGAGACGGCAGCCUCAAGCAAUCCGCGACCGUGGACGUGUGGGUGGAGGUGGAGUCCCACCAGCUCGAGCCCGUCCUGAAGACCAUCGUGGUGCACUGCAUCAUCGGCCCGUACGUGGGCCGCGAGCGCGACCAGGCCGCCGUCGACGAGAGCCUCGGGAAGCUGAGGGCGCUGCUCCCGGUGUACGAGGCGCGGCUGUCGGCGUGCAGGUACCUGGCCGGGGACGAGGUCACCGCCGCCGACCUCUGCCACUUCGGCUUCAUGCGCUACUUCAUGGCCACCGAGUACGCCGGCGUCGUGGACGAGUACCCGCACGUCAAGGGGUGGUGGGACGCGCUGCUGGCGAGGCCGUCGGUGAAGAAGAUCAUCGCCGGCAUGCCACCGGAUUUCGGCUUUGGGAGUGGCAAGAUACCGUAGAUGUUUGUUGUAGCUGCGCCCUGGUGAUUUUGAACAUGUCUCCAAUAAAACACUUCAUAAAUAAUGUAAUUCUAGUUUUAUUUAAGUCAAAUUAUUUGAAGUUUGAACAAAUUUAUAAAUCAAAAUAUCAAUUUUGAUGAUUUUUA